GCGUGACCCACUGUGGCGCUGUUAAACUGCUGUCAAAUUGUGUUAUUAUUAACGUCCGUGUUCAUCAGGUACAUUUUAGUGAUGUGAGAUAAAGUAUGUGUUGUGGCUAACCUGUGAUGGUUCAAUAUAUAUCGCUGGUGUGAUUGUCGAUUGUUUCAUGUUUAUUUACUCUGUCGUUAUCUCGAAAAUAUUCGUAAUUAAUUCUGUUUCUUGAGUCUCUGUUUUGUUGAAGUAUAAAAAUGAGUAAAAGUAAAGUUAUUAGAAAUCCUCUGAAGGCUUUUAAGAAAAGGAGAAAUGUUGGAAAGCCAAAGGUAUGUGUUAUUACUGUAAACAAUAAAGACGAUGAAAAUCCCCAACAUAGCUUGUGUCCCAAAGAAGAAGACAGUUGGUGUAAAUAUAACAAAGGAUUGCUAACUGGUGAAGUGUACACUCAUAAGCAUAGUCUGCCUCAUGCAAUAAUGGAGGUGAUAAAACCUAUUUUCGGAGACUUAGCAGCACCUGAACUGUUGAAAAAGUGUAUUCACGGAAAAACUCAAAACCUCAAUGAAAGUGUAAAUAGUGUUAUAUGGUCGAGAAUCCCCAAGACUGUAUUUGUUGGAAUAGAAACACUUCACUUUGGUGUGUAUGAUGCUGUUACGACUUUCAAUGAUGGCAACAUUGUAAGGUGCAAGGUAUUUAGAAAUAUGGGAAUGAAGAUAGGUUCUAACAUGGUACGAGCAAUGCUUGCUUUAGACAAGGAACGCCUUCGGGCUGCAGACAGGGCUGUAGAGAGUCUAGAAAUACAAGCAAGAGUAAACAGGAGGAGGAACAAAAGGAAGCUGGAGGAGGGGUUUGCAGAGGAUGAAGAUAAUCCAUCCUAUGGACCUGGAAUGCACUAAAAAGUUAAUCCAAUCUUUGUCGCUCGAUUCCCAAAACUUUUAUUUUCUCAUACUAAUUACAU